GUUGCCUGCCUGUUGCCUGCCUGUUGCCUGCCUGUUGCCUUUCCGUUGCCUUUCCCCCUCGGUUGGUUGUCGAUGGAUCACGAUUAUUCGCUGCCGUCGGCUGCGCUUUCGGUCGCCGGGGCUCUUCGCGCGACGCGCAAACGCACGGGUCGGGCGAACGACCCGAGAAGGUUAUGGGACAAGAAGCGGGCCAAGACGCGGGUAAAUAUUGGCGUGGCGUUUCCGAGGUGGAGGGAGCUUCGCGACAAGCUGGGGCUACAGAGAGACGCCGAUCUCGCGUGUGUCCUGCUAGACAGUUACCAAAAAGGAGGACCGUCCGCUUCAACUCCUAGCAAGAGACCCAGGAUGCCUGUGCGCCGCCUCUCUGCCAUGGCACCAUCACGCAGCUUCUCUAAGAUGAGUGUUGAUCUUCAAAACACAGUGAUUGACUGGAAAGACCCAGAUGAUGACGACACAUGGGAAACAGCCAGUGAAGAUAGUACUUCUGAUGAGGACUACAUCCCAUCCAUUUGUCUAAGAUAUGUUCCAUUGGCCACCAGAUAUGUUCGUGGGACUCGCAGCCCACACUCAGAUACGGAAUGCAGGCAGGGGACUUGAUGAUGGCUGCAAACAGGCUCCUGUCUGGGAAUAACUACUGCGAGAUAUCAAACCAUGUACAAUUACAUGAACAUGGGCUCUGUUGGGAAGGACACCUUCUUCAAUAUUCGAGACUCCUACCGCCUAGGAGCAAUCAAGGAAUUCUGGGAGAAUGAGAGAUCUGUAGCCAUGCAAAGUCUGCAGAGUAAAGAUGGUGGUGGUGUUUUAAGUCUGACUGAUUGACUGCUGGUAUGGCCAGUACAUUUAGUCAGUACAUUUCUGAGAUGAAAUUGUAGUUAUUCCUGCUCAUCUGAAUGCAAUGUCUUUCACCGCACAGGGCCCAGCCCUACACCACGAGAGACGAGCGCUGAACUAGAAUCUCGUUCUUCUGAACCCCGGUGUUCUGAACUCACCGGUCAACUGAACCAGCUGGACUGCUUGUUGUUUGUUUUUCAUUUAUUAGGUCACUUCAUCCACCAAACUGUUAUUUCUGCACAUUUGCUACCACAACACACAAAACAAAGUCUUAAAAUGUAAAUAGUCAAUGUAAAACACAAAUUCUACACAGAAGCAAUAUUU